GUUGUGUUGCAGGCUGACUGGUAGUGUGGUUUGGGCCUGUGUGUGUGUGUGUUGUGUUGCAGGCUGACUGGUAGUGUGGUUUGGGCCUGUGUGUGUGUGUGUUGUGUUGCAGGCUGACUGGUAGUGUGGUUUGGGCCUGCAGGUAGCUGAAGCAUGGAAGCCGUCCUGAGCAGGCUGCAGGGUCUGAGUGCAGAUGAGCUCCGUGAAGAGUUCCUCAAAGCCAACCUGAAAUGCGGCCCCAUCACGGCCACCACGCGAACCAUCUUUGAGAGGAAGCUGGCACGCGCCAUCGUCGGAGAACAUGGCAGUAACGUUUCUGAGACAAGUGCGACAGGCACGGACGAUGCCGGCACGGCUCAGCCCAAACGUGGCACCUCCACGCCCCAGGAGACCACGGCCAGCGACGAGGGAGAUUUCGGCUACAGCCUGGGUCUGAACCCACCUGAAGAAGAGGAUUUGUUGGAGAAGUCGACGGCAGCAUGUGGCGUGCAUGCGGAGGCGGCCAGCACCCUCCCCGACGGACUGACACCCACGAAGAACACUCAAGUGUCACCCACCUGUUUUUAUGGCGUCUGUCCACCCUGGGAAGAUGUUUUGGCCAGAGCCGAGAGGGUACACGUAUACACAGACAAGAAGGAAGCCCUGCAGGCCGUUAAAAUGAUGAAAGGCGCUCGUUUCAAAGCUUUCGCAAAUCGAGAAGACGCCGAGAAGUUUGCGAAGGGGAUCUGCGACUACUACCCUUCGCCCUGCAAAUCGGCCCCGUGUGUGUCUCCGGGAAAACCAGGACCAACCUUCUGCAAAGACAACGUGUCUGUCCUGGAAGCUGAAACCAUAAACAGGGAGCGGGCCAACAGCUUCAAAAGCCCGCGGACGCAGGACCUGACGGCCAAGCUGAGGAAGUCUGUGGAGAAAGGCGACGAGGGCGUCUUCAGCGAACUGAUCUGGAGUAACCCACGCUACCUCAUUGGCUCAGGGGAUAACCCCACUGUGGUACAGGAAGGUUGUAGGUAUAACGUCAUGCACGUGGCGGCCAAGGAGAACCAGCCUGGCGUGGCCCAGCUCCUGCUGGACACCCUGGAGAACCCAAAGUUCAUGAAGCUGAUGUACCCGGAUGAUCAGGAGAGCAUGCUGCAGAAACGCAUCCGUUACAUUGUUGACCUUUACCUCAACACGCCAGACAAAGCAGGCUUUGAGACUCCUCUGCACUUUGCAUGUAAGUUUGGCUGUCCGGAGGUGGUGAACAUCCUCUGCUCUCACCCAGACAUUGACAAGACCUGCAGGAACAAGUACGACCAGAGGCCUUGUGAUGUCAUCUGUGAAAGGAUGAAAGACAAAAGCAAAGUCCAGGAGGUGAAACAGAAGAUUUGUGAAUAUUUAGAGGAUCGUUGCUAUGUACCCCUGUUGAGGGCCACUGAUAAUUCCUCUCAGCCUGUGAUUGGUGCUCCCUGGUCACCUGAGCCUGUGGAGAACUUGUCACCACGGUUACCCAGGAGUCCUAUGGACCCAGUCAUGGCAAUCAGAGCCUUUGCUGGUCCACUCAGCCCAUCUAAAGCAGAUGAGUUUCGACGAGCAUGGAAGACGCCCCCUAGAGACAGAGCAGAGCAUUUCCACCACAUUCUGAAGAGCGAUCCAGACCGUGGUGCAGAGAGAGUGGGCAGAGAUCUAGCACGUGAGCUAGGUCACCCGUGGGCGGAAUAUUGGGAAUUCCUGGAUAGCUUUGUGGACCUGUCGUCCACCGAGGGACUCCGAAAACUGGAGGAAUAUUUGAGCAAGAAAGAUUUCAGCCAGCUGUCUCGUGAGACGGGAGAGAACGAGACCCGGAACUGGGAGAAAACGAGACUCGGAUUCCGGACGCCCUCCCCAGGAAAGCCAAAAAAGUUCUGUAACUCCAUCUCAGUGGGGGCGUUCCUGGACGAGGGCGAUGACAUCACUCUGGAGGAGAUGAAGAAUCGUCAGAACGCCGCGCUCACCAGCAUCACUUCCAUCUGCUCCAGGGACGGCCUCAAAGGAGCCACCAGCGCCGUCGCUGCCGCGGGCCUGGAGUUCCACAUCCUCCCCGUGUCGCACGCUGACGACCUCAUCGAGACCGCCGCCCAGCACGACCUGAUCUGCAGCGAGAAGGGCCUGGGCCUCUGCUCCCCGGCCGGCAACGACGGGCUGUGCGGCCAGAACGACAGGAGCCAGAACGGACACAAGUCCUCUCCCCGUAGCUCCACCUCUCCCUCCUGUCUCCUCUCACCCGUCACCAACCUGAUGGCGGAGUUCAACAGGAUGUCGCUUUGCGACAACGCCGGGCUGUCCCCGCGGGAACGGAGGCGGAGCGGGGGCGGCCGGGAUCGCAACUUCCAGGACGCCCGCGAAGCGGAAAACGUGAUUUCCAGGAUGGGCCGACUGAGACUGGCGUCCAGCGAGGACUCCGUCUUGGAGAGAGGCUGUUCCGAGUUCGGAGACCGGGGCUCCUGGAGGUUGCCCGACGGAGACGCGGACGGAAGGAGGGCGGAAGGGAGGUCGAGCUCCGGCUCGGACGAGUAUUUGUCGGCGGAGGAGAACUUGGACGCGCUGACUCAAAGGACUAGAGUGUUAGGGCCGGAACGCACGCUCUGCUCCCGGUCCAAGUCCUGGGACCACGGCGGCAGAGACCUCAGCAGCUCGGGAUCGUCCGGAUCCUACAGGUCUCUGGACAGCUCGAAAGAUUUCAUACUGAAGACCCCUCCGCGCCUCAGAAAGGGUCUCUUCAUCCAAGGGGCUUCGCCCACUAAAUUGGACAGAGAGGUGCUGUCAGCGCUACAAGCCAUAGACAUCGAUCCUUUGAAGUAUCCCAGCAUUCACAAGUGGAAGAGCACAGUCGAGACCUACUCAGCCUCUGAGAUGCAAAGCUGGCAGUCCCCAGCAAUGGUCAAAGGUCACUCCAGGAUCGCAGCCUACACUCCCGGCUCCCCCAUCAGCGCCCUGACCUCUCCGGGAGGUCGCUACAGUCCUGCCCGACACCUGUCGUCGACGGCGACGCAAGAUUACACCAGCCCCGGACGCUACAGCCCCGCCCACGCCAGCUUUAUCCAACGCAUCCGCCACAAACAUUUCAACGACAUCCCCCAUUUACCCCACUGAACCAUCCUCUGUCCAACCCUCUCUCUCUCUCUCUUCACCUGAAACUACAUCGCUGCCCCCUGCGGGCGUGGAGGCUGCCACGCCCGUCAGCUCAGACCACAAAGUUCUCCAAAUAUGCACAAGCGUCUCUGACCCGAGUUAUAUAUUUACUAAUGAUGGUACUUCAAUAUGCUGUUAUCAUAUUAACAGCAUUACAGGGUGGGUGAUAUUGGAGCAAACAGGUCUUUUAAAACAGGUUUGCUGCGUGUGUGAGUGUCUCUGUGUGUGUGUG